CUGAGGGCAAAAAUAGCUCAGAAGAUCCUCAGACCACUUUUUUUUUUAACUCAUUGAUGGUGUUAUCUGAGGGAGGAAAACGUGGACGGUGUGUUUUAAAUCUUACCUACCGCUUUUAGCUGUGUUGGCAGAUAGUAGUUCUUACUCGCAAACAUACAUCUGUAAAAUGACGGAACAGUCUUCGCUGUUACUACGUAAACAAUUAGCAGAACUGGUGAAGAACCCAGUGGAAGGCUUUUCUGCUGGGCUGGUGGACGAUGAUAACAUUUAUCAAUGGGAAGUGGUCGUUAUUGGACCUCAAGACACAUUAUAUGAAGGAGGUUUUUUCAAAGCCAUCUUAACUUUUCCUCGGGACUAUCCACUGAAGCCUCCUAAGAUGAAGUUUGUCACAGAAGUCUGGCAUCCAAAUGUGGCAAAAAAUGGCGAGGUUUGCAUUUCCAUCCUGCAUGAACCUGGUGAGGACAAGUAUGGCUAUGAGAAGCCUGAGGAGCGCUGGCUACCAAUCCAUACAGUGGAGACCAUCAUGAUCAGUGUCAUCUCCAUGCUGGCAGACCCCAAUGUAGAUUCUCCUGCCAAUGUGGAUGCAGCUAAGGAGUGGAGAGAGGAUCCUGCAGGAAUUUUUAAGAAAAAGGUGGCGCGCUGUGUGCGAAAAAGUCAAGAAAUGGCUUUUGACUAAGGCGUCACUCUGAUCAUCUUCUGUUGGAGCUGGAUGUGGCGUGUGCUUCCAGCCAGAGACGGCUGGCAGAACUUCACAAUUCUUGACCAGUGAACAAACACAAAAACAAAGCUGAAAAUUAGAAUUUUGAUACCAUUUUUGUUUGGUAGUUAUUUAUGAAUAUUGCUGGAUGGCAGUGAAAUUUAUGCUGCCAAAACAGUAUUUUUAAAUCAUUGCUACUUAAAGGAGAAAAAAAAAAACUACUGCAUUAUCAGCAUUUCAUUCACAGGACAGUUACAGUCAGGUUGUGUGGUAUGUGUACUUAUUGAAUUUGACAAUACACUGCUCCCAUUUAGAGUGAUUUUCCAAGUAAAUAUAUUCAUUAAUAUCAUGAAAAUCACCCUAAAUAUUAAGUAGUGAUGUUACAUUCAGUGUAAGGAACCAUCAGAUUUUGGACAAAGUAUCUGGAUAAUUGCACCUUUCUCUAAAGUUUAUUUUAUAUGAAACUAUUUAUUUAGAGUGAGGCUAUUUGAGAUGCUUGUUAGAAUUUUUUUUUUUUUUUGGGCCUGCCACACUGAGCCAGUCACUGUAUGCAAUGUUGCAGUAAUUGCUGUCUUUGAGCAGAUGGAAAUCCAGAAACAUAAUUUCCUUUUUCUCAAGUGCUUCGUCUUUCCUUGUUGGUAAAAUUGAACACUGCCUUAACUUUGACAGCCAGGAAAAAGAAACCUGUAAAAUCUGUAUUUCAAGAAUUUUUCCUGAUUUUUUUUUUUUUUCUUUCUAAUUAAGGAAAAAAAACCUUGAAUAAACCAAAGAAUAAUAAAUCAGAUUUUUUAUGAACACUCUUAUCCUUGUGAUUGCAUAUGUAAAGUGUAUUCUCUCAUUCCUAUGGAAGACGUCACAGUUUAGCAGGACUUUUACUACCUCCUACAGAAGUUUAUAUGGAACAGCAUUUUUUUUUUAAUGGUUACAGUAGCAUGAAUAUUGUUUCAUUAAAUGGAGUUGUAUUCAUUUGAAUAAAGUUGUGUGGAAACUC